AUGGUAAACUAUUUCAAAUACUUUAAUGAAAUAUUAACAAAGAGAUAUAAGUGUUUAAACAAAUGGUUAAUUGAAAAAGGGAAAAAUUCGUAUAGCAUAAAAAUUAUUCACAAGUCAGGUAAAAAAAAUGAAGUGAAGGUAUAUGGAAAUUCACCAAAUAAAAUAAAAAAAAGGGAGAAGGAAAAGGAGACAUAUGAUGACAUGGAUGAUGCUAAUACAUUAUUGAAGAAGAAAAAAGAAGAUAGUUUAAUAGGUAUAAAAAAUGAUUUAUAUAAAAUAAAAAGUUGUAAGUCUAUUUUUUAUGAAAGUGAAAAAAUUAUAAAAUGUGAAAGUGGUGCAGGUGGAGAUGGCACGGUGAGUUUUAAAAAAUUUAAAAGAAAAAUUUUGGGGUCAUUAGGUAUACCUAAUGGUGGAAAAGGAGGAAAUGGUGGAAAUAUAUAUUUGUGUUACUCUGAUUUUAAGGGGCAUAAAUAUAAAAAUAAAAGACGAAAAAAUAAUAAAGAAAAUAAAUAUAUAUAUGUGAACAACUUAAGCGAACUGCCGUGUGUUUUAUCAGCAACGAAUGGGAGAAAGGGGAAAGUCAAUCAGCUAAGGGGAAAUAGCGGAACAAACAUUUAUGUAUAUCUAAAUAAAAUGUGUCACGUGUACAAGCUCGUUUCUUCCUUUAAAGGUGGGAGUGCUGAGGAUAGCCAUGAAACGGAUGGGAAUGCCCGCGAUAGGGAUAACCAUAAUGGUACGGAUAACUGUAACGUCAGCGAUAGUGAUAACUAUGACUAUAGCUAUAGCGAUAGGGAUAACCAUAAUGAUAAAGACAAGAGCGCUAAUAACGCAAAGGGCGAGUUGGAAAACCGUGCUUACAUAUUGAAAAGCAGAACAAAAAGAAGUAAAUUAUUGGAUCUGUCAGUUGGCGGUAAUAGGGAGAAUAUCCAUUCAGUGAAGAACAAUAAGAAUAACAUAGGAACUGAUAAUGUGAGAGAUUACAAUGUAAAUUAUGUUAAGUAUAAUUAUGAAGAGAAUGUGUAUAAUGCUUUAAAAAGAGAAGACCCCAUUUAUAUUAAAAGAAAUAAGCACAUAAUAAAAGAAAUAAUGUGCUUGGAUGAAAAAAUAAGAAAAGAAAUUUAUAUAGGUUUUUUAAGUGAAAAUAAUAAUUGUAUGUUAAUUUGUAAAGGGGGAGAAGGAGGUAAAGGAAAUAAUAUGCAGAAUACUUUUUCCUAUGAAAAAGGAAAAAAAGGAGUAAUUAAUUAUAUAAGAAUCGUUUAUAAAUGUAUUAGUGAUAUCUGUUUUAUAGGAUAUAAGCAAUCAGGUAAAUCAACUUUGCUUUCACUAAUUACUCAUAAAAUUCACACUGUUAAUAAUUUAUAUAUAUUGAAAAAAAUAAUUUUUAAGGACAAUUUACAAAUAUCUGUUGCUGAUUUUUUUAAUCAUAAUGAGGAUGAAUUAAAUCAAAAUAAAAAUAAGGAAAAAAUUAAUUCCUUUUACAUUACCCCAAAUGUGUUUAAAUAUUUAGAACUUACACACCUACUUGUCAUUAUCCUCGAUAUUAAUAACAGCCCAAUUACACAAUUCCGCAAUAUCAGGGAGGAGCUUAAGCUGAAGGACGAGCGGAUAUAUCGGAAACCGUACAUUGUCGUUAUAAACAAGUGCGACAUAAAAUUUGAUGAAAACAUAAAAAAGGCAGAAGCAGCUUAUAAGGAAAUAAAGAUGUACGCAGGAGAUGGAGUUCCUGUAUUUUUUAUAAGUGCAAAGUAUGCAGUCGGAGUAGCUGACUUCGUUCUUUGCCUAAGGAAUUGUGUGCAAAAAUUGAAGCAUGGCGAAAGUUAA